AUGCAAAAUUUCAUAGCUGGCGAAUCCUAUAAAAAGGGUUUUAUCAUGUUGCUCCCCGGCAAAAUUGAACGGAAAUUGAAACUUGUAAUUCCAGACGAAGAUGAGCGAGCUCAGAAAAACACAUUCACAAGAUGGAUUAACCUUCACUUAGAAGAGCACAGCUCAUCUGGACGGGUGAACGAUUUGUUCGAAGACAUAAAAGAUGGUGUGCUGUUGUGUCAUCUUAUCGAAGUUCUUACGGGCGAGGCACUUGUAAGUAAAUGCUUCAACUUUUUCUAG